CCCAAGUAAACACACGGACAGCUCAACUGUCUACAUGUCUGGAAAGAUAACUCAGACUUACGAUUCAAAAGUGAGAAGUCGCUACGCAACUUUUUUUGGAUUUCAAAGACUAAAUUGAAAAAUAAGCAUUUAGAUCCUUUGGCGGAAGGCCAGAGCUUUCCGUAUUCCUACACCGGCCUACGGGAAGCAAUAUACAAAAUUGUUUCGUUGUUAGCAUGAGUCACUUGCACAGAAAAACAUUCUUCACGACCGUAUUGGGACUGAUCUCAUAUCUUGGCCUAGUCACAAAUGCAGCUCCACUGAUUCUCUUUGAAGAUUCUCAUUUCAGAGGAGUCAGAACAGAAUACCAACUUAAUGGACAAGAAACUUGCGUCAAUAUCCGUGGGAAGCUCAACGAUUUUUUCUCUUCAGUCCAAAAUUUCGAAGACAACUCGUGCUUUCUUCUUUGUGAGCACGAAUAUUGCAGAGGUAGAUGCGUCCAAGUUACCAACUCUGUAGCCAAUCUCAACCUUUUGGACUUCAAUGAUAUGACAUCUUCUGUACAGAGAUGUCCUCCAUCAACCACCACGCCCUCAUCAAGUACAAUACCUAGCAGUCCAAGUACGCUUUCUACCACCGACAAUACUUCCACAUUGUCACCUUCUCCAGUAGUAGAAGUGGAUCAGCAGUCGUCUCGUCGUCAGGAAAAUGACACAAUAGAAGUCGUUGUUGCAAUAAAUGAAUCUGACACAACUCAACAAACCCCAAGUUAAAGUUGUCAAGACACAGUCAACCAACCACCAGGCGACAUUGUUCGGAAUCCCGAGGUAGUCUCCCCCACAGUAUUAAGAGUAAAAGGACAAGAAGAUGUUGUUGCACUUCAAAACCAACCUCUGCUACCAUAAUGUCUUGUCGCAAAUCAAACACCAUUGUACAAAAUAUUCGAUACAAUAAUAACAAGUUGGUUAAACAACAACGUAUAAUUGGUCGUUUUUAUGCAGUAUUAUGAUUUCGUUAAAUAAUGAGAAUGUUACAAACAACAAGAGUAAAUUAUAUAAUAAAUGCUUAUUAAUCAGUCUAAUAAGAAAUAAUUAAAGUCAUGUUAUCAUUUUACA